AAUUCUCUCAUCGGAAAGGAAAUGAAAAUCUCUCUCUCUCUCUCUCUCUCGUCUCAAAUACUCAACCCCACAGGCAACACGGUAUAGUGCCAACCGUCGCUGCUUUUCUCCAUAUUCCCACUGUGAAAGCUGCAGCCCCCUUCCAUUUUCCCCCUUCUUCUCCUUCCUCUCCUCUCCUUUCCCACCAAGCAAACCCCCCACCAACUUUCCUUCCCGAAUCCCCAUCCGUCGCAUGUAUUCACCACCCCGACUACUUCACCUCCAACCAUACACAUCUUCCACUUCCUAACCCAUCCCUUACCCCCAAAUGAAUCCCCCCACCACCUCUCUGCCAUCGCCACCCUCCUCCUCUUCUUCUUCUUCCCCACAAACCCUCCUCGCCCUCAUCAACAACAUCCUCUCCAUCCUCCUCCUCUCCUCCCUUACCAUCAAAUCCUUCACCGGUCGCUGGCAGGUUAUCCACUCCAAGCUCACCUCCCUCCGUUCCUCUCUCUCCUCCCUCUCCUCCUCCCCUCACUGGUCAGAAAACCCUCUUCUCCAGUCUCUCCUCCCCUCCCUUCUCUCUACUCUUCAGCGCCUCAGCUCCCUCUCCGACUGUUGCUCCCUCUCCUCCUUCUCCGGCGGCAAGCUCCUCAUGCAGAGUGACAUCGACAUGGCCUCCGCUUCUCUCGCCCACUCCCUUCACGACCUCGACUUGCUACUCAGAUCCGGUGUCCUCCACCAAUCCAACGCCAUCGUUCUCUCUCACCCGGGCCCCUGCUCUUCCAAAGAUGAAUUGUCCUUCUUUAUCAGAGAUCUUUUUACCAGGUUACAAAUCGGAGGAAUCGAGUGUAAGACGAAGGCUUUGGAAUCCUUGCUUCAACUUCUCUCCGACGAUGAGAAAUCCGCCAGUUUGGUUGCCAAAGAGGGAAACGUCGGGUAUCUGAUUCACCUGCUGGACUUCAACAACUAUGGCCAGAACUCGAUCCGAGAACAUGCUACGGCGGCCAUAUCGGUGCUCGCCUCUGCAAACGACGAGUCAAGGAAGUGCGUGUUCGAAGAAGGUGGUCUGGGGCCUUUGUUGAGGAUUCUGGAGACUGGGUCAAUGGUCCUUAAAGAGAGAGCUUCGGCUGCGGUAGAGGCCAUCACCGCAGAUCCCGAGAAUGCGUGGGCCGUAUCGGCUUACGGUGGCGUUGCGGUCCUCAUCGAAGCCUGUCGAUCUGGGUCUCUAGUGACUCAGACGCACGCUGUGGGUGCGAUUAGAAACGUGGCUAAUGUGGAAGACAUCAAGAACUCUCUAGCAGAGGAAGGAGCGGUACCGGUACUAAUUCAAGUAUUAGGCUCGGGCGCCACAAGCUCCGCGCAAGAAAAGGCUGCGACUUGCCUAGCCAUAUUGGCCUCUUCCGGCGAAUAUUUUCGCGCAUUGAUAGUACAACAACGCGGAUUGCAGAGAUUAAUGCAUUUGAUGCAAGAGGUCUCAAACUCGGACACACUGGAACCCGUUCUGCGGGCUAUAAGCUCUCUUUCCGGAUUAGAUCCCUCGGCUCGGCUUCUGUCUUCAUCGACCACAUUCAUUAUACAGUUAGGCGAAUUUGUCAAGCACGGUAACGUUGUCCUGCAGCAAAUCUCGGCGUCUUUGCUGGCCAGUUUAUCAAUCAGCGACGGUAACAAGCGAGCCAUUGGUGGUUGCAUGGGUUCCUUGGUGAAGCUAAUGGAGUCGCCUAAGCCGGUGGGGUUACAAGAGUCUGCGGCGGAGGCGCUGGUGUCCCUGUUGACAGUGCGAUCGAACAGGAAAGAGUUGGUGAGGGACGAGAAGAGCGUGAUGAGGCUGGUGCAGAUGCUGGACCCGAAGAACGAGGCGGUGUAUAGCAAGAAGUUUCCGGUGAUGGUGGUGGCGGCGACGGUGGGAGGAGGAAGCAGCCACGGGUGUAGAAAGAGGCUGGUGGCAGCUGGUGCUCACCACCACUUGCAGAGGCUGGCGGAGAUGAAGGUUGCUGGUGCCCACAAGGCCUUGCAGAGACUUUCCGGCAAUAGGAUCAUCAACACCAUCCUCGGAAGGACUUGGAGGGAAUAAGCAACAAAGUAACUAACCCCACCCGCCAAAAAAAGGAGGACUACAUUUGGAUUUUCUAACUGUCGAAGACUUGGGAGCACUUUCUUGGAUAAGCAGCAAACAAAACACACACUUCGUAUACUCCAAACUUCUUUUUUACCUUGACAUCAUUAAUUAAUUUUAUAUGUUAAAAUUGAGAAAAAAUUACUUAUUUUAAUAUUAUGUAACAAAAAAAAAAAAAAAA